GGUCACGUGGCAGGGCUUCCUGUAAGCUGCUGCUGCCGGGUGUCCAUGGCCCGCACCCCCAAGCUGCCACUGCAGCAGUAAGAGUGGUAGCGGGAGGUCUGGUCCAUGCCGUGACCCCUGGACGGUGCUGGUGAGGCUGAGCAAGUGGCCUCCACAUCUUGACACCUAGGAGAGCAGGGACAGAGUCUCCUUGGGGUGGAGGACCAUGCUGCGCCGCAAGCCCUCCAAUGCCAGCGAGAAGGAGCCCACUCAGAAGAAAAAGCUUUCCCUUCAGCGUUCCAGCAGCUUCAAGGAUUUUGCCAAAUCCAAACCCAGCUCUCCAGUGGUGAGCGAGAAGGAAUUUAAUCUGGAUGAUAACAUUCCAGAAGAUGACUCAGGUACCCCCACUCCAGAGGAUACUGGGAAGAGUGGCAAGAAGCUGGGGAAGAAGUGGAGGGCAGUGAUUUCCCGAACUAUGAACAGGAAGAUGGGCAAGAUGAUGGUGAAGGCCCUAUCAGAGGAGAUGGGAGACACUCUGGAGGAGGGCUCAGCCUCCCCAACAUCUCCAGACUGCAGUCUGGACAGCCCUGGCCCUGAGAAGAUGGCGCUGGCCUUUUCGGAGCAGGAGGAGCAUGAACUUCCUGCACUUAGCCGCCAGGCAUCGACGGGCAGUGAACUCUGCAGCUUCGGGGAGGAACCCCAGUACACAGGGCCGUUCUGUGGCCGGGCACGAGUCCACACCGACUUCACUCCCAGCCCCUAUGACCAUGACUCGCUGAAACUGCAGAAAGGAGAUGUGAUCCAGAUCAUUGAAAAGCCACCCGUGGGUACAUGGCUGGGCCUGCUCAAUGGCAAACUGGGCUCUUUCAAAUUUAUCUAUGUGGAUGUGCUGCCUGAGGAGGCCACAGGGCCUGCCCGCCCCAGCCGCCGACAGAGCAAGGGCAAGAGGCCCAAGCCCAAGACUCUGCAUGAGCUGCUGGAGCGCAUCGGCCUGGAGGAGCACACAUCUACCCUGCUGCUCAAUGGCUACCAGACGCUGGAGGAUUUCAAAGAGCUGAGAGAAACACACCUCAAUGAGCUGAAUAUCAUGGACCCGCAGCACCGGGCCAAGCUGCUCACGGCUGCUGAGCUGCUGCUGGACUAUGACACCGGCAGUGAGGAAGCAGAAGAGGGUGCUGAAAGCAGCCAGGAGCCAGUGGCACACACAGUGUCAGAGCCCAAGGUAGACAUCCCGCGCGACUCUGGCUGCUUCGAGGGCUCAGAGAGCGGACGCGAUGAGGCAGAGCUGGCAAGCACCGAGGAGCAGCUGCAUGGCCUCUCCCUAGCUGGGGCACCUUGAGGUAGAGGUGGCCCAGGCUAAGGCUGGGUCCAAACUGCAAAGGCCACAGGGACAAGCCCAGCCUCCUACAGUGGCCUGGGCCCAGGAGACUGGCACCGAGCCUGGCCGUUUCCCCAGGGACGCUUAGGGCCACAGAGGCUUGAAUGGGGCCCAACAAGCUCGGCUGGAGUGAAUGAGGAGCUGCCCAAGGAAGGGCACGUCCCACCUGCCUGAACCCCUCCCUCCACCAGCGACUGACGGCACAGCCUCUUCUUACAAGCCAAAAAAAGCACUACGCUUGACAUUGGGGAGUCCACUACCCUGACUUUGCUUUGCUAAAGUUUUGGUGUAUGCUGAGCUCCAGAAGGAGAGUAUCUGUUGGUGGGGGCGUCCCUUGACCCCAGUACCAAGUCUGUGCCCUGAUUCCCUAGAAUAGCCCUUCCCUGGUGCCAAACUGGCCUGGGGACAAACAGUGCCCACUACGUGCAAGACUGCCUGCUUAGUGGACACAGUUCUUAACCUCCCACUAGGAACUUUGCUAUAAGUUAGCUUUGGGGAAGGGGUUGGGUGUAAAUAUGAGGGGUGGAGGGAGAUAAGUGGUAACAAUAAACAUGGGUAGAAUUGAA